AUGUUUCAGGAUGAGAAACCGGUGACUUUUUACAAAUUUGGCCCAAAGAAGACGCAAUCCAUAGCAAUUGAUGUGUCGUUGAACAAGUUAAACAAAUGCAUCAAAGUGGCAUACAACAAAAUGACAACGCCGAAAUGGAAAGAUUUCAAGGGUUUACGAUUGCACUGGAAGCAACGAAUACGAUUGAAUAAUGUGAUAUGGCGAGCCUAUUAUAUGGAAUUUCGUCGUCCGGAUAAGGACAAGUCGAAGCGAACGCCAUAUUGCUAUUUUUCCGUUCCCGAUGAUGAUGCCACACAUGCGAGGUUUGAGGGCGCAGUGAUGGAAGGGAUGUACUGGAAACGAGGACUUGACGCUCUGAAAGCUCAAUACAAACGUUGGCGAUAUUUCAAAACUCGAAAGAGAGGACGACGCCGAGUGUGUACUUCUGUUUUUUGCUCUUUUCGUUCAAUUGCAUAG